UGUAAAGGCAGUGUUUGCUUGUGCGGAUAAGAACGACCCACUUCUCUCUCUCACCUCCUCUCUCUCUACAAAAAGCCUUUACCCUCUCUCUCGCCGCCUCCACUCUCAAAACCCUCAGCAUUUUCUCUCCUCUCUCUCUCAAAAAAACACAACCCACAAUUCUCUCUCCCUCCCCAUUCAAAAAACCCUUGUCUUAAUUCUCAGUUCAUUCAAACUGGCGAUCGACAAUCACGAAGCCUCUGUCCGUGACUUUAAGCUCAAACACAGACGCAUCAUGGGAGCUGGAGGCCCUGAAGCUGAAGACAACCGGUGGCCACCGUGGCUCAAGCCGUUACUCCGGGAGACAUUCUUCGUUCAAUGCAAAUUACACGCUGAUUCACACAAAAGCGAAUGCAAUAUGUACUGUCUUGAUUGCAUCAAUGGCCCUCUCUGUUCUCUCUGCCUCAACCAUCACAGAGACCACCGUGCCAUUCAGAUAAGGAGAUCAUCGUACCAUGAUGUGAUUAGAGUGUCGGAGAUUCAAAAAUAUCUCGACAUUACCGCUGUUCAGACCUACGUUAUCAACAGCGCUAAGGUUGUUUUCUUAAAUGAACGGCCGCAACCUAGGCCUGGUAAAGGCGUUACAAAUACCUGCGAAGCGUGUGAGCGUAGCCUCCUUGACUCCUUCCGUUUCUGUUCUCUCGGCUGCAAGAUUGCGGGGACUUCGGGGCAUUUUGUGAGGAAGAGAAUGCCGGAGAAGAAGCGUAAGGCCACGGUGUGGGAUAUAGAAGAAUCAUAUGACAGCAGUGGUAGCAGCAGCCACGGACACCAGAGGGGUAAUUUUGGAAAUUUACGAAGUUUUAGUCCGUCAACGCCGCCGCCUACGGUGGCGAGUUUCAGAACAGCCAAGAGAAGAAAGGGCAUUCCGCACAGGGCUCCGAUGGGUGGACUGAUCAUAGAUUACUAAUCGUAAUGUGGUUUUACUAAAAUGCCCUUCUAGUGGUACUUGUAAAUAGAUGCAGACAGAUAUAAUGAAAUAGAUGGCUAAAGUCCAAAUAGGAAGAAAAUAAGAAAAAAAAAUAUGUUAUGUUUUGAGAGGUUGAAGUUGAUUAGUAUUGUAGUUUUGUUAUUGUCUAAUAAGUACUGAAGAAGUUUGGUUAUAAUAUACAUUUUGCUAGUAAGAAUGUAGAUACUGUUUUGUAAGGGGUUUUGCAGGAAAUGACAAUGUACUACAAGUUCUCAGUAGUAAUAAGACUGGCGUAUUGUAUAA